AUGUAUAAAGUUGUGUCCUCUCUGAGUGGCCGCUGUGCAGCUUUAACAGGACAGUCCAGCUGUUCCAGUGGUUUGGCCAAAUUUCACCUGGGGAGUGGUGCAGUAUGUCAGAAAGAUGCCUUCAAAAACCGACCUUCAGACCUCCCAGAGAUGCCCCCAUGCACCUUCAAACCAAAUGAAUACAAGGGUAUGUCCAAAGAUAAGAUCAUGGCGAUUCGCAGGCAAAACUGCAACCCUGUGACCAUGAAGAUAACCUACUACAAGAAACCACUGUUCAUCCAUCAGGGACACAUGCAGUGGCUCUGGGACGUAGAAGGGAGGCGAUAUCUGGACCUGUUUGCUGGUGUGGCUACUGUCAGUGUUGGCCACUGCAACCCGAAGGUGACAGCAGCCGCAGAGAAGCAGAUGAAGAUACUGUGGCACACUACAAACAUUUACAUCCAUCCCACUCUCCAUGAGUACAGUGAGAAACUGACCGCCCUCCUACCAGAUCCUCUGAAGGUUGUGUAUCUGACCAACAGUGGCUCAGAGGCCAAUGACCUGGCUAUGUUAAUAUCUCGACUCUACACAGGGAACUUUGACAUCAUCACUUUCAGAGGAUCAUACCACGGUGGCACCCAACAGACUAUGGGUCUAACAUCCAACUCACCAUACAAAUACCCUAUCCCCACAAGUUCAGGCUGCACACAUACCAUGUGUCCUGAUGUGUUCAGAGGUCCAUGGGGAGGAAGCAACUGCAGAGACUCUCCUGUGCAGACCAUCAGAGACUGUAACUGUGCUGAAGGUCAUUAUGGCAAUGACAAAUACAUUGGACAGCUGAAAGAGACAUUUGCUACAAGUGUCCCGAGUCGAAUUGCUGCAUUCUUUGGAGAGCCCAUUCAGGGGAUGGGAGGAGCUGUGCAGUAUCCCAAAAACUACUUUAAGGAGGCUUACAAACUUGUGAGAGAGAAAGGAGGUGUCUGCAUCGCUGAUGAGGUCCAGACUGCAUUUGGGCGAACAGGAACUCACUUUUGGGGUUUCGAAGGUCAUGAGGUUAUUCCUGAUAUUGUCACCAUGGCAAAGGGCAUUGGCAAUGGAUUCCCCAUGGGAGCUCUUGUUACAACACCAGAGAUUGCUGAAGCUUUCAACAAGGCUUAUCACUUCAACACCUUUGGAGGAAGUCCUUUAGCUUGUGCCGUUGCAUCAUCAGUGCUUGAUACUAUCAAAGAAGACGGCAUACAGCAGAACUGUCUGAAUGUGGGGACCUACCUGAUGACUGAGAUGGUGAAACUCAGAGACAAGUAUGAGAUCAUUGGUGAUGUCCGGGGUAAAGGCCUGCAGAUCGGUAUUGAAAUGGUCAAAGAUAAGGUUAGCAGAGAACCACUGUCUGCUGAGGCCAUGAGUGAGAUCUUUGAGGAUGUCAAGGACAUGGGAGUCCUGAUAGGAAAAGGAGGACUCUAUGGACAGACCUUCCGCGUCCAACCUCCCAUGUGCAUCACAAAGCAGGAUGUAGAUUUCUUCCUGGCUGUUUUUGACAAGUCCAUCCACAACUACAUGAGCCGACACGGCUGAGAGGGGUAACCCAACGCCAAGGACCAAACCUGAAAACACUCAGCAGAGGAGUGAAUCUUUAUAAACCUUUUUCAUGAUGUGUAAACUGUUCAUAAUUUCCCCUUUUUAUGUAACUCAUGUACUAUUGUUCAAUCAGUUUUAAAGCUUCGCUAUGAUCUGUGUUCAUUAUAAAGACUUAUAGCUCGAGGCAACAUCACUCCUUGGAAGAUGGAAAUUGGAAUAAAAAGAACAAAAUAAGAGCAGUCAGGAAGAUGAAUCUAUUGAAUCAACAUUGUUCUGAUUAUUGUACAGUCGGUGAUCAGUUUAUUUCUUGUUACUGCUUUUAUUUCUGAAAGAAAUAACGCCAUGUUUGAUAAAUCAAAUGCAGUGCUUAACAGAUUUGCUUAAAUACAAGACAUUGUUUUUUUUUCCUCCAAAAUAA